AUGGCAAAGAAAGAAAAGACAAAAGAGCAAAUAAAGCCAAAGGAAGCAAAGAAACUCGUUGCAGACCAGAUGUUCGGCAUGAAGAACAAGGGAAAGAGCGCAAAGCUGAAGAAGCUCGCAUCUUCGCUCGAGGCGUCGUAUCUCAAGGGAAAGCCGCAGAAAGAGGAAAAGAAGGCGGAGGAGCCGGUGUAUGAAGUGUACGAGGUGCUGCAGAAGGUGCCAGUGGGCGCAGACCCUGCGAAUAUUCUGUGCGUGAAUUUCAAAACAAACAAAAAGUGCUCAAAAGGAGAAAACUGCAAGUUCAGCCACGACGUAAAUAGGAAACAGAGCUCUCCAGUGGUGGCACAGGAGCAGAAAAAAGAGAAAGAGGCAGAGAAACAGGAGAAGCCUGUGUGUAAGCAUUACAUUGACGCACUAAAAACGGGAAAACACAACCCCAAAUGGGUGUGUCCGAAUGGAAAUGCGUGCUCAGGUAAGCACUCGCCCCCAGAGGGAUACAUUCUGAGAGAAGAGGCAGAGGAGAUAGACUCAAUCACACAGGAAGAGAUGCUGGAAGAGAAGAGAGCCAAUCUCCCAAAGAUCCACACGAAAAUGACGGAAGAGAUCUACAAACAGUGGAAGGAGAAGAGAGAAAGAAUGAAGAUAGAGCAGAAACAGGAAGAAGAGAAGGUAAGAGAAGGAAACAUCCGGCUGGGCAAGCUUCUUCCGUCAGGCAGAGACCUGUUCGUUUACAACCCAAAGAUAUUCAUAGACGACGAAGAAGCAAUGGAGUACGAUUAUAACGCAAGAGAGGAAGAAGUAGAGAGCGAUGAAGAGAUGGCAGAGCAAAUGAAAGAAGGCUUAGUUAUUAAUAAAUAA